GAUCAAUAUGCUUCAAGUAUGGUUUGUCUUCGUUUUGGGUUUCUUGUUUUCUGCUAAUAUUCAAGCUGAGGAAAUCGGAAUUUACGAGCUUCAGAGAGGUGAUUUAUCUGCCACGUUCACCAACUAUGGUGCCACCAUGCUUUCUCUUAUUCUCCCUGAUAAAAACGGAAAGUUGGAUGAUAUUGUUCUUGGAUACGAUACAAUCGAGGAGUACAUGAAUGAUACAACCUACUUUGGUGCAAUUGUUGGACGUGUAGCUAACAGAAUUGCAGGUGCCCAGUUUACUUUCAAUGGAACCCAUUAUAACUUGGAUGCUAAUGAAGGAUCCAACAUGCUUCAUGGUGGAUCUAAAGGAUUUGGUGAAGUUAUAUGGUCAGUGCAAAGUUACCAGGAGGAUAGCCACGUAUCAUUCACCUAUAACAGCUUUGAUGGAGAAGAAGGGUUUCCUGGAAACUUAUCAGUGAUAGUGACAUACAUGUUGAUUGACUCAAACAAGUUGGGUGUAAGGAUGGAAGCCAAGGCACUAGACAAGGCAACACCUGUGAAUUUAGCCUUGCACACUUAUUGGAAUCUAGCAGGCCACAACAGAGGAGAUAUACUCUCUCACGAAAUCCAAAUUUUGGCCGAUAGCAUCACUCCGGUUGAUGAAGCACUCAUCCCUACUGGUCAAAUCAAACCAGUUAACGGUACACCUUAUGAUUUUCUUGCUCCUCGAACGAUCGGAAGCAUGUUGGAUCAACUUCCAGACGGAUACGACAUUAACUAUGUGUUGCAAAACAAUAGUUUGGGACGCUUGCAAAAGGCGGUACAAGUGCAUGAAUGUGUAUCGGGGAGGACGAUGGAACUAUGGACUACUAAACCAGGUUUACAAUUCUAUACGAGUAACCAGUUGGUUGAGGAGAAAGGCAAAGAUGGGAGUGUGUAUAGGAAAUAUGCUGGAAUUGCUUUGGAGACUCAAGGGUUUCCUGAUUCAGUCAAUCAUCCUAACUUCCCAUCUCAGAUGGUGAUGCCGGGAGAGAGCUAUCAGCAUGUCAUGGUCUAUAGGUUCACAACUAAGAAGAAUAAUUAGU